AUGUCUGGCCACAAAGGUGGCAAGAUGAAGCCCCUGAAACAGUCCAAGAAGCAGGCCAAGGAGAUGGACAAGGAAGAUAAGGCUUUCAAGCAGAAACAAAAAGAGGAGCAGAAGAAACUAGAGGAAACAAAAGCAAAGGUUGCACAGAAGGGCCCCUUUGCCACAGGUGGAAUUAAGAAAUCUGGCAAAAAGAUAAGCUGUUCCUCUUGCCUGAGGCAAUGGUAA